UCGAAUACAUACAUAUGAAGGUACAUAACAAAAAUCUUUAUAAUAUUUACAGAGUCGUUUAUUUUUCUUAAUUUGAUAGAAAAGAUAACAUUUUAAAUAGAAUUCGUGAAGCGCCUUGCUGUGAAAGCUUCGAGUAAUUCUGCGAUGAAUGGGUUGCCAUCGAUUGGGCGCUGUGUUUCACCGAAAUCCAAAAUCUGCACUUUUAACAAUGAAUAUCCUACUUUAAUUACUUUUUAACGAAUAAAACACUGUACAGAACAUUUUGGUAAUGCAUUCGAACAAAGUAAUAAUUUAUUUUUUAAUUAGACAUUAAAAUAAAAGGAACAGUAUCAAGAGAAUAUUAAUUGAAUCAUUAGUAAAAAUUUUUACUUCAAAUUAACAAAUUUAUAUCAAGCUUUUUUCUGUAAAAUUUUAUUCAGCUUCUGACGAUGAGAAAUAUAUAUUAAAAGCGAAUUUAAUAUGCGCAACACGUUUGGAAAAAAACAGAACAAAGUUGGUUGAAACAAAGUUUCUUUUUUUGCUUAUUUCCUUGAAUGCAAAAUUUUUUCAGAAUGCAAUAUUUCUUUAGUGUAAACCGCAUCAAAUAUGAUAUUCUGUUAUAAUACAAUUUUUGUAGUUCUCUUUAUGAGGUAUCAGUAGUCUCCGCGUGUUUAAUUAAUCACUGACUAGAUUUUAUAUGAAAUUAUAAAUUCAAGAGAACUUUCGACUUUCACGCAUACAUGGAGGCACAUAUGAACACAUAAAGUUUACUAAGCAUUAGUAUCGUGAAGUGAACAUGACCUAGCUGUAAUUUAGAGUUUACAAGUUCCUAUGACUGGAUAGGUAAUUUUUCUUUCUAAAUGUGUUUAAUAAAGACAGGCUAUACUAACAAACUUUUUACGUACAGUUCUAUAGACAACGUUGAAGCUAUUUAUAGCAGAAUAACUUAAAUUAUUAGAGCGACAAUUUUUAUUGCUAUUCUUCGUAUCUAGUUUUUUAAGGAAGAAAACUUAAUUUAUUAGAAAAAUCGUACUGUUUUAAAUUAUUCAAAAUAUCAAUUUAAUUAUCUUUAAUUAAAUUAAGAAACAUUAAUAAUUAAGAAACAGUGCCACAAAGUAAUUAAAGAGUGUAAAGAUUGCACGGUUGAUUUUGAUAUAAACAAAUUAAUUAAUUACAUUUUGCUCUAGAUGGAAUAUUGUUUAUAAUACAGUAGAGAAUGUUGCAUUUUCUAUCAGAUAUAAUACAAUUUCAUAUCAGUUUAAAGGUACUCUAGGAAAAUAUUGAUAAAGUGUUCAUUACAUUUAAGUAGCGCUAAUUAUCUACACUUAAGCUUAUCCAAAAUUAAUCAGUAUUCAUCAUAAUUACCUAUUAGACAGUUAGAGAGUAGAAAUUUAUCAUAGUUAAAUAACAAACUCCCUUAAAAUCUCCUAUACGAAAUCCACUACUGUUCUAUACAGUAUUAAUUCAUUGAACUUCAUAGCCUGAAAAUAAUCAAUGUAAUUACAGCUCGUUGCUAUAUUUAGACGAAUAAUAGCUACCAUAGAAACAUGCUUAAAGACAUAUUCAAGAACACAUCGUUUUACAAGGAAAUCAAUUAGUUUAGAUUGUUAAACCCUUUUUUAUACUUAAAUUUGUAAUUUCGUAAAUUAAUUUAUACAAUAUUAUUUUCAAUAACGCUCGCAAUGUUCAAGAUAUCUAUUUUAUGGGACACCAUAAAAUUAUUUAAACAGCGAGCGACCACUAAUAAUCUCACGGCAAUUUGGUCCACGUGAAAAUGUUAUUUUCUCUUUAUUAUUACGAUACGUUCCGUGUAUUAUCACGUACGGUCGCGUUAUCACGGAGCCGCAGGUAUCACGCGAGCAUCGCUUGCCAGCGUCCCUUGUGCACGCCAUCGCGCGUAUCCGCGAACGUGUCACGCGAACACGCGUCCAAAGCCGCUUCUCGUACGUGGCGUAGAUAAUUAUACGUGUACACGCGUGUGUAAUUGUGCGCACAUGGCAGCGACACGUGCGCGCGAGAACGCGACGCAAUGUUCACGCAUUAAACGCGGCAAUAAAUACGGUAUACCCAACGGCAAGGCAUAAUGGACGAUAAGAAAAGGACGUCGGUAUCGUCAGCUGAUAUCGGUCGGGAACCAUCGCGGCCACGUGUUCCGUGGCCGGAAUUGAACGAUGGCCGCGUUAAGAAACGCCGCGAAUAAAUCGCGCGAAACUGCGCGCGCUUCCGCAGACGCUGAUUCGCCGCGCAGGAAGUGCGUCAGCGGUGCUCCAAUCUCCGGAUCAAAACGGAAUGUUAGAAAUUAUUUUUUUGAUCGUCCCUUGAACCAUUCUAACUUAAUUUUGUAGAAUUUUAGAAGUUGGAAUUCGAAUUUGGAAUUUGGAAUUUUGCAAUUUGAAAUUUCGGAAUUUGGAGUUUGGAGUUUGGAAUUUUUAUGUGCUGGAAUCUUUGAAUUUUGGGGUGAUGGGUGGGCCAGUCCACAUUUCUGGAGGCAGCUGACAUUAGACAAAUCUCAGAUAUCUCAAACUUACGGAUGUUGAUCGCAACUGAAAUAAAUCAAGCUCAAAAUGAUCACCUUCCUCAUUGAUCGCCCAAUCCGCGUUCCCUUCGUGUCUCCGACAAUAAUCAAGCAAGCCGAGUCUCUGUCUGACGAGUCACAGUUUCUGUCAACAGUCGGAAAUUAAAAUGUACGGGUGUCGCGGUCGCAACUAACCCCGGGAACUUCAACGGUGAAGCAGUGAGCAGCCGCGACAAUAAGCACGAAAGAGUUGUAUUAAAAAAAAAAGAGAGAGAGAGAGAUAAAAAAGAGAGAAUGAUAAAAAAAGAACGAAAAGAAAAGCAAAAAGAAAAGAAAACAGAGAGACACGUUCGAGAUGAACAGGAACCGAGGGAAGAUAGUAGCACAGGGACCGGUACAAAUGUUUCUUCUGCAGCAGGGUUGCGGGGUGCAGUUCAGACAUGGGAAGUGAGCAUUACUGCCUGAGGUGGAACAAUCAUCAGAGCAACUUGCUGGGUGUGUUCAGUCAAUUGCUGGAGUCGGAGUCGCUGGUGGACGUGACACUGGCGUGCACGGAGGGACCUUCGAUACGUGCCCACAAGGUAGUCCUCUCCGCGUGCUCCAGCUACUUCCAGGCCCUGUUCCUCGACCACCCGAACCGCCACCCCAUAGUCAUCCUAAAGGACGUACGUUUCGCCGAGCUACGUACCCUCGUCGACUUCAUGUACAAAGGCGAGGUAAACGUCGAGUACUGCCAGCUAUCGGCCCUCCUAAAGACAGCGGAGAGCCUUAAGGUUAAGGGUCUAGCGGAUAUGACAAACAUUAACGCGGCGGUAGCGUCGAGAGACGACCAACAACAACAACAACAGCACCAACAACAACAGCAGCAACAGCAACAGCAGCAGCAGCAGCAACAACCACAGCAGCAACAGCAGCAACACACGAGCACAUCCGAGGGUAUACAACGCGAGACAUCGCGAGAACAUCAUCGAGAACGCGAGAGUAUAAAGGAAUCGAGCAAUAAAGAAAGAGACAGGGAAGGAAAUACAUCCGGUGGCACGGGACUGCCAUCCGGCGGGGUGAAAGAAUGCGAACAGACCCAACCGAACGUUACCCAACCACCCACCAGCGAGUCCACCGAGGCGGUAGACAUGACCGACUGUCCGCCAUCGCCUACAGGACCCGGUAGCCCUUGUCCAGGACCUUUAGCCCUUGAUCGACCUAGGAGGGACUCCGAAGAUGUCGCCAGUCUAGAAGAAACCAGGGGUACCCUUAGUCCGAUCUCGGUACACAGUGGACCAUCGGAUAUGAGUCUAAGUAACAAUACUGGUGGCACGCCUGGCGUGCUUCCGUUGAACCUACCACAGAGCCGACUUCCGUCCCCGCACAGUACAGAACCUCUCGCGGGCCCGUCGGGGUUACCCCCGGUCCAACAAGUUCCCCUUUCGUUAAAAAAAGAGAUAGACUGGGAAAGGUCGACCGAGGAGCGAAGCGCGAGCAGCGAAAUAUCCACGGACUACAGACUCCCACCAGAACCGGUGUCCCUGGCCCUCGGUUUGGAGGCAGGUGGUUGGGGUGCCUUGGUGGAGCGUUCCGGUGGUGGCAGCGGCGGAAGCGGUUCGCUGUUAGGUCACGGUGGUUUCGCCGGAUUGGCGGGCCUGGCGCGUCGCUGCGGCGUAUGUCUGGCUGCGUUUCCUUCCGCCUGGUUGCUGGAACGGCACGCGUUGCUUCAGCAUGCCGGCCAAGCGAGCGACGACAAGCCGUUCACCUGCGAGCAGUGCGGCCAGCGUUACCGCUACCGGUCCGCUUACGUGAAGCACCGGGAGCAGAACCAUCGGGCACGGCUGCCGGCGGACAAGCUGUUCACCUGCGACGUGUGCGGGAUGCAGUUCAGGUAUCUCAAGUCCUUCAAGAAGCACAGGUUGAACCACGCUCUGGAGCGACUCCAGCGUGCCCCGGAGCCCCAGAGCAGCGCGAUGGUGGUGUCCGCCGCCGCUGAACGGAGCGACCAGGUAUCCAGCACCGGAGAGCCCUCCCAGGUGGAGACGGGCAGCGACACGACCACCAAUCCCGGAGAAGAGGAAACUCGUGGACCGUUCGCGGAAAACGCUCGCGAGGAAAGCGUGUCGGAGACAGCCAGCCUGCAGGAGAACCCCGGAGAGGCCGUCGAGGUGCAGAUGACCGAGGCGCCAGCUGGACACGGCGGACGUUCGGCCGGCGGUGGUAGCACCAGCGAGGUUGGCGAGGCGGACGACAACGCGAUGGACGACGAUCGGUCCGAAGCGACCGACCCGGUGAUCAGCCUGGCACGCAGCAGCCACGAAGUGGACAGGCGCGAGCGUCGCUUCGCCUGCCCCUUUUGCGGUAAGUGCGUCAGGUCCAAAGAGAACCUGAAGCUUCACGUACGUAAGCACACGGGCGAACGACCGUUCGUCUGUCUCUUCUGCGGCCGCGCUUUCGGCGGUAAAAGCGACCUCACCAGACAUCUCCGUAUCCACACCGGGGAAAGACCGUACCACUGCGAAAUGUGCGGCAAAUGCUUCGCCAGGGCGGACUAUCUGUCCAAACACCUCACAACUCAUAUACACCAACGCUAAGUAAUGCGGCUCCGUAAUGACGUUCUUCGAUAUUCUUGACGCUUGUUGGCGCGUCCUUCCUCCUCGAUGCUCGAUUAAUUUAGAAGACACAAUGCGGUCGGAAAUUAGGAUAACGUUGAGGCAAUAGGCUCUAAAAGGCCAGGGCAUUCUUAAACGUGAAAAUAUGUGUCGUAGUGAAUUUAUUGAAAGGGCCAAGUCCUUGCCUCCUUGCACGCGAUAUUCUACCACCGCAUUGGUUAUUGAAGAAAAGAUGUUAAUUCUUGAAGAGGAUGUUCCAAAUUGUUUCCCAGAGCAAUGACACAAAGCGAAUUAACUUUCUGAAGUAUCCUGUCGAAGACACUGCGAUUCGUCUUCGAAUUAGCUUUACGGAGACACAGAUUUUGCAAUGUUAACAUUUUUAGUUAUUAUAGGGAGACACCUGAUCGUGACCUCUCUUUGACCUGAUACUUCAGGAUGGUUAACGAUGAAUUAUUUCCAUACAACGACGUAGUUAUGAAUCUUUUCAAUCGUUGCUCGAUGGAACACUCUUCUGGUGUAUCUAUGAAAACAAAGUAGACGAAGCAUCGCGUGAUCGUGAUUAAGGGAAGUCAUUAAAAGGGACGCGCAAAACAAGUGGAAGAACGUCAAUGUAUGGAAAGAUGACUUUCGAAGACGCAUGAAUUUUCUCCAGAAUCACCAAAUUCCUUUUGAAAUGAUGCUUCGGAAAAUCUCAGAAUACACUUUGUUCUGGAGAGGAUGCAGUCUUCGGAUCCAUCUUUCCGAGUUUGUUGAACUUUCAAUUUCCUGCGAGUUCUUUCCUCUCGUGCAAGAAUGAGAUGAGAAUACAUAAAGAGAGGAAGAACGUUCGAAAGGGAAGCUGGAAAGGGGAGAACCGCGUAUCCAUCCAGCUAUUGGCCCACCAAGAAGACGAGUCAAUUACGGAGAAAAAGGGAAACGAAGUAAUCGUCGACGACGAUGCCUGUCGGCGGACCUCGAAGAGAGUCUCACUCGUCUGUUCCCACGAAAACACUCCUGACACACUCGUAAAACGAUGAACGAAGAGAAACUAUACUAAAGAAAAGAAGAUUUCUACAUUAGUGAGACUAAGUUGUGAUAAGGACUCGAUACCAAAGAACGCAACGACGCGAUGGACGAAAGUCGCCGGUGACGGCUCCAUUUUGUUGUCUUCUUCGUCUUAGUGCGCCGUAGAUAUACGGUGCAUAUCGUUAAUAGCUGUCAGUGUACUCGAUGCGAUUUUUAUAUAGUGCACGCGAUAACGAUCAGUUUUCUAUAUGCCAUGCAGUCUCGUCGCUUGGGAAGAAUGUUUUAGUCGAAUUUUAAAUUAACACCUUGAUUGCCAUGGAAGAUGAUUAAAAAAUUCUGAAUACUAUUAAAAUUACGCUAGCAAUUCAAAAUAACAAGCUGCAGUAUUACUAUCUUUAUUAAUCUAUAUUAUCGUGUGCCAAAUUAGGCAUAGGUGGUUCUCCUAUGGCAAUCAAUGUGUUAAUUAAUUAAUAUUUAAAUGCCUAAUUUAUCCCAAAUUUAUGCAAAAUUAUUUAAUAUUCUGUGAACUGACCAACGAUUACCAAAUGGUAAUUACUAUCUUGAUUUCGAAUUAUGAAAUUAUAAAUCAGUUUCUAUUAUUCCAGCAGGAAAUCUUUGCCAGAAGGUGUACAAUAUGAACACCCCCAGUUACCCAACUUAUUUGCAUAAAUAGAGUUGUGCUAUUUUCACCAGUGAAAAACUCAAUAGUAAGAAACGUCUGAGAACCCUAAUUUCGUGUCAAAAAGACCUUCUCCCAAGCGUUCUAACGACGUGUUGAACGUUGGCAUCGAACGAAGGAUAGGUUCCUUCCGGGAAGCGUUGCCGGUGCCUUCGAACCCCUCGUAUAUCCUUUUUAAACGCGACCUAGCAAUAAAGCGUAUUUCUCGUUCCAAUCGUGUGUCCGUCACGUAGAACGAACUAAGGCUCGUCGUUAACCCUUUCGCUCUGAAUAAUAAUAAUCGUCCAACAUUUGCAUUUGAAAAUAAUAUAACAGUUCGAGGUGGAAACGAAAUUAUUUCAUUGAGUUAGAUAAUUUAAUAGGAAAAUUAUACGAGCACACUCUCCUGAAGGGAUGAUCGUAGCGAAAGGGUUAAAGAGCCAUGAACUAGCGUCUUGUUGCACGGUCCAUACAGUCCUUCCAACCUCUUCUUAGCCACUGUCCAUUCUGCUAUCUACAUGUGUAUAUAUUAUAUAUGUAUAUGUAUGUCCCUGAUACGUGUACGCAUCUUAUACAUAGAUACAUCGAUAACGAUGCACUGUCCAAGUAAAUGCGCGAGCGCAAAACGAGAGUGCCGGCUCAUUCUCUUCGGUACUGGUCUCCUAAGGAAGGUCCGUUUUCUUUUUCGAGAAAUCCAAUGUCCAUUAGUCGUUUCAAGUAUUAGGCUGUUUCUCGUUAGACGUUACACGUUGAUCGUGAUAGAGCUUGGUCAACAACUUCCGGCCCUCUGGUCAGUGUUCGCGAGCGAACGGCUCUCGUCGUGGUUUAAUUAUUCGUCGACUGUUAACCCUUUCCCUAUUUAACGGUGACUAUAGUGAUUGGUGUUUAAAUACUAAAGGUAAUUAUAGUCGUUUCAAAAAGUAAUAAAGUGAUGAAUUGAGACAUGUAAUAGAUACAUAUAAUGAAUUAUUGUCGUUUUGUUAGUUUUUCAAAAUUUUAUAUUUUUUGUGGAAAACAGCAAAUAAUUACUUUUUUUCUUUUAUUUUAUGUUUUAAUAGAAUUCCUUGAUUUUGUUAUAGAGAAAGGGUUAAUUGUUUUCUAACGAAGAAUAUAGAGAUUGAUCCCCAGGAUCGAUGAUUAACAUUCGACGCGUUAUUCCGUCUUUUAAAAUAGACAUUAAAUAAAGAUAAGCGAUGAGAUUUACAGCAACUAUUGCAAACGUGCCGUCCCAGUGCCAAGUCUCAAGUUUACUUUCGUGAAAGUUACCGCAUAGCUUGCGUCGAUUUUUCGUCGCCCUGGUGAUCGAUCGAUCAAUUAAUUAGAUAGCGAUCUAAAUCUACGAGGAACGAUGACACCGUUCGAUCACAAACAAAUGAAUAAUUUACUCAACGAAAUGUUUUGUGAUCGUCGCCGAAUUGCGAAAGUUGAGUGAAUCAAAGAUUAUUCUACGUUUUAUUUUUGUAUACAAACGUUGGUCUCGCUGUGAUUUCUUGAUCGUUGCUCAAAGUUGAAACCGAGAGUGAGAAUUAUUGGAAACAUUGUUUUUUGCCCUUUGUACUUGAUUUGGUGAGGAUAGACGUAAAGGAAACAAUCUUUCAAUUUUCAGUUUAGUAUUUUAAUAUAAUAUUAAUUUGUAACAAAAUUUAUUUUCAUUUUUCUAUUAAUAAUGAUUAAAUGAUGCUAUGGUAGUUAUCAUUUUAACAUUUGUUUUUCGCAUCUUCUAUUAAUUGCAAAAUUAUUAAUUUAUAAUAUAAAUAUUAAGGAACAUUUUUUUUUACUAAAUAUUUUAUAAAUUUAUAUCAUUUUCAUUUGGCCUUUAAAUUUAUAUUAAUAGAGAAUUCUUUGUCAGCUCAGUUAUUCAGUAGUAUAAAAUAUAAUAAGUCAGACCUCAGAGUCAAGUUAAAUAUAUAAUUUUUAAAUGAAAAGAUUUCAUAUAAUGGAAGAAUAAUUUUUAAAGGAACAGUGUAAAAUGUAGAAGAUUAUAAUAAUAUGAAACAGAAAAUUAAAUUAAAUUCUUAGUGCAAUUAUCCUAUGGAGUACAAAGGGCCAAAGGUUUCCAAUCGUCCAUGGUUUCGUGUCGAGUCCAAGUUGACCCAUCACCCGCAUAAAUCCUCAAAGUUCACCGGAACCGUAGCUUCCGGGAACGCGCCACGUUACGUUAGAUUGCUCACUUCCGCCAGAAACGAACGAUACAAAUAACCAAAGAAGAAUAUCUCCCGAAACGAGAAACAGCAAACGUGACAUCGAAACGAGACUAAACCCUUAGGAGUCCAGCUACCCGAUGUCCGUCAGAAACGUUUAGUCCUUAGCUAAUAAUUCGCGAUGCACUUGCUGCUCUGUGUACCCGCGUUCGCGAAACGAAUUCGAAUAACGAAGGUGCUAACUAUGAAAUUAAGGUUGAUUCGCAGUCUGCUGGCCAAAAUGAAGAAAAAAAAAAAAAAAUAAAGAAGAAAAGAGGAGAACCGCUCAAGGAAGAUAAACGGUGCCAAAGAAAGACUAAUUAAAAAAAAAUAGAAACUUCCUCGUGAUGGUGGUAGCGCAAGAAAAGAAGAAAGGAUGAAGAGGAUUCACUCAAGCCUGUCAGAUGCUGCGAUAGGUCAGGUUAGUCUAUAAUUACUUAUAUAGUCUUGUCGAUUAAAAGUGUAAGUUUUAAACGACGAAUGCAGGCGAAAUUAAGUUGAUUUAAAACAAAGAAAAGAAAAAAAAAAAAUUAUUAAGCGAACAUGUCCAACGAAUGUCAACGAGUUUCACACAAGCAAACAAAACGAACAAGCAGACGAAGAGAAAUACACACGUAGAGGUGCGUAGUGAAGGAAGGGGUGGGAACAAAAAAAAAAAAAAAAAAAGAAAAAAACUAUAGAGAAGAGAAGAAACAAACGGCGAGACUUUUAAUUUACGCCGGGUUUGUCCAGCGUGUGCUCGAAACGUCGCGUUCGGACAGGAUCUCGUUUCGUGUCCGUCUCGCCGUGAUCCAGCGCGUGAUUAACGAUCCAAGGAUUAAGGAAAAUAGUUCCAUGACGCCUGAUGCCUCUGUUAGCUUUUAUACGGCAACCAUGUCCGCCCACUGCCGCUCCAUUUCCACUGUACGCCAGAUUUACUGCGUUAUGGACGGCCAAGGGAAGCUGCAAAUCGUUCUGUCACUGAAAGACCGACUGUGCUUGACGUUUCCUGCUACGAUGUGUACGCUCGAACGUGCUUCGAGAAUCGUUCCACGUUCCCAGAAACAAACCCUGAAACUUGUAGCCGUGAUCCUUGCGUUUUUGCCCUCUUCCGUUCACUUAUAUGUGCCAUUGCUCAAAGGUAUUUGUCUAGGAAUGCUUAGCUUAGAGUCUAUAUGGGAAUUCUUAGAGUGGACUUAAGUUCAAAAUUAGUAAGCUUCAAAAAAUUUCAAAAUUAAAUAUAUAAAAUGUGUAGAAAUAUUUUUUGGAACCAAGAACAGUGUUUUUGUAUUUAAUAUGGAAUAGGACUAUAUAAUUUUUUUAAAUAUCUCAAAAUCUGGUUUCUGGACUAUUACUUUUAUUUAAUUUGACGAUUUAAUUCUAAAUAAAGUAUUAAAGGUCAAAUAAGAAAUUUUAGGAUGAGGAUUUGUUCACUUUAAAUAAUUUAUGGAAUCCCACUUCUGGCCUUUGAUUUUAAGUCCUAGUUUUCAGUUUUAGAUUCUAAGAGGACUCAAGGUCCUCUAUAAAUUAUUUUCUGAUACCAGUUUUAACCUGAAAGCCUUAACUUAUUAACAGCAUCAUUGCCACAGUAGAAAUAUUCGUAUUUAGUCAGACACAGUAUGCUAUGGAUUAUCAAUCCUUCCUUGGAUUUGUGAACUUGAUUUCGUGGGCGGUUUCCUAAAUGGUUCAUUAUUUAAAGGGUAAAAAAUUAAUUUAUCAAAAGGAAACUAAUUUAACAAAUUCCAUAAUGAAUUUUCAUUAAUUUGAAAUAAAAGGAGGAAGGCUUAAACUCUAACAAUAAGCUUUAAAAAAAGAAAUGUUUUUAAAAAGACAAAUACUUUUGAGCAAUGGUGUACGUCUUGCACCCUAUAGAUUUUUUAAUAAAUUUUCUAAGCUUUUUAGUCAAAUUUCUAAUUGAAGGAUUUAGAAGACUAGAAGAAACUAUAUUCUUCAUUGCUAAUAUAGGAAAGGAUAACAGAUGUUAAAAAUCGCGAUCGUUUAAGGAUGUUCGUCUGUUUUGCAGUUAACAGUGCUGUGUUAAGAAUCUUCAUUUUUAUCUGUGAUAUUGAUGUUUGAAGGAGGAGGAAGAUUCCAAUUAAUUUGAGUAUGACAACUUAUGAUCGCGAUUCUUGUAUUCUAUCCUUAGUUAGAGUGGUUCAAAUGUGAUUGUUUCUUGGUUUUAGAAAUGGAAUAGUUAAUAGUUUGCCUAAUGAUGAUUUAAUAUUAGAAUUCUGAAGAUUGCAAUUAAUUGAAUAAUGCUGUCGGGAAUCUUGAAUAUAAUAUUAGUGUUUUGAAGGGUGAGGAAUGAUUCGUUUCUUUUUUAGUAAAAUUUUUACUAUUCAGUAUUAAAAAUUUAAAUCAAUUCAUUAGAAAUUAAUUACUACGCUGUUAGGACUGUAAUACGUUUUGGGUUUUGUUGAAAAUAUUUUAUUGUAAAAGGAAUAACAAAUUUAAAAAAUUAGAAUUGGUAAAUAGAAUUCGUUUAAUUGUAAUUAAAUUUCUUUAUUUUCUUUUACUUUGUGAGUUUUUAAGCGAGCUCUAGAAUCACUCCCAAAUACAAAAGCAAAGGAAAAAUAGAAAGUUUAUUUAUCUUUUUUUGAAAAUAAGUAUUAUAAUGAGAAUCUUUCUUCUAUUAUUUAUGAUACUAUGAACUACUUAUGAGAAAAGAAUAUUUGAUUUAGAAUAUUCAUAAUUUUAAUUAAAAGAACAACUACUACGGCAUAAAACGAAGUUCCUUUAUUUACAUUUAUAACAAAAAAGAUACUAUAAUAUUUUUAAUCUGUGAUAUUGCUACUUCGAAUAAGAAAGUGUUUUUCAAGAUGUCUUAAAUUUACAUACAUCUUACGAAUCAUAAAACUAACUAUUAAGAUGGGUAAAUGAUUUAAAGCAAUGUUAAACAUCGACUAAUUACAAUCUUUAAUUUGAUUAAUUACCAUUAAAAGAAAUUAGUCGUGAAAAAUCGAUCAAUGAAAUGAGUCGUUAAUUGUUAAUUACUAAUAUUCAUCGUUAAUUAUUAAUUGUUAGUAGAUUUUAGCCAAAAUAGUACGGUUUUCUUUUUUUAACAUAUGAUAUCAGAAACAGUGUUUGUUUAACGCAUUCGUGUAUUCUGUUGGAAUGAUGGAUGAAUGGUUAGAUUCAGCCGUAAAGCUUGAAAAAUGAACUUGAAGCUUCUUUUCCAACAGGUAUUUAUCUUUAUUCGUCGUUCGAUCAUUCCUUGAUAGGGAAAGAAAAAGAACACGUUGGUUACGAAAAUUGACACGCAAAACGAUGUUAUAUCGGCAAAUAUUUUCAGGAAACAGUUCGACAAAUGUUUGGAUAAAGUAGGAAUUGACAAGGGGAUACACAUCGUAAUAAUAAGCGGAAUAAAUAAAAGCUCUUCGCGCGUAAAAUGGGAAAACAGCUUGAAAAUUGUACGAUAAAAUGAAUAUCGAGGGAAACGCGUGUUUCUGGUUGCCGGAAACAGGUAUUGCGGAUCAAAUGUUAGCCCGAAAACUGUUCAAUCGAAACACUCGAUUACCGAGACAAAUAUAGCUAAUAAAUAUUCAGUGGUCAUUGUGUUACUAAAUAUAUACAUCAUGUGUAAUAUUAUAUAUUACAUCUAUCUUCACAGCUGAAAAAGCCUGAAAUGAGUAUAAAAGCAAAUACAACGAAUUAUUAACUUAAUAUUUUUUUAUUGUAAAUUUUAAACGUAACUACAGGGUUUUCCAAUAAGGCCUUUAGGUUUGUUUAUAAUACUUUAAUUUAAAGAAUUUAAAAAUGCUUUUGACUUUUUCUUCAUCAUUGUAAAAUUUUUAAAUUUAAAAAUUCCAGAAUUCCAAAAUUUCAGGUUUCAGAAUUUCAACUUGUAAAAUUCAAUUUUUAUAAAUAGAUUUCGUCGACUAUAGGAUCACAUUGUAAUGAUUUUCUAUUAUUGUACUAUUGGAGAACUCUCUAUUUAGUUUACUCUAGAAAUACACUGAUGUUCCUGAGAAAAUGCUUUCUCAGAGACUACUGAAAGCCUCAUUCGAAUCUCCUGAUUAUUUCCAAACAGAAAGAAACUGUCUUACCCAUUCUCAUUCAGCAAAUAGUAUAAUUUUAUACAAUAUACAUUUGAUGGCCUCGUUAAUUUAUUACAAUAGAAAAUGAAUAGAUUUCUGUAAUUAAAUUUUUUGGAUCAAACGCGAAUUGUUGAUCUGUACAUAUAUAUUUUUUACAUACGCAACCAGUGAUACUAACAGCCUAUAGUGAUAUUUUAUUACAAACACUGACUCGAAUAUAUUAGUUAGACUUCAUCACAAGGUGAAAGUUUCAUUUACUGUGAUAACGCAAUAAUUAGUACAAGAUAGAUAAUAGAAGAACAAAGGGGUUGUAGUUUCUAUAAAUUCAAUUUAUUUCCUUUGCAAUAAACAGUAACAAUUUUUAUUUAUUUACCAAGGAAAAAAAUAUAAUUCAAAUAGGAUAACGUAUUUCUAUCAGAAAAAAAGCUAGUCCUUUGAACGAGAAAAAUAUAAAAGACGAGAGUCUGCUCGCACUUUUCCAAUUUUCCAAAUCACAGAGUUAAAACUACUCUUGUAACCACUCGAGCUCGCCACGCUCCGAAAUCUGGGAAGCAAUUUUUUAACCGAUCCACACGACCCGGAAAAUGAAAACUCACAAAGAUUCUUUCGAUAACUGCUCUAUGAUGGUAUAGUAAAACCUUCAUAUUCGAAAGAGAAAUGUAUUUUACGAUAGCAGGGGUGUGGUAAAUAAAAACGUGGGUUUCAAAGAUACUGGAUGAAAGAGAAUCAGUUAAGGUUUUUUAAAGGUGAAAAAUUCUAGUUCCUAUUGUUAGGCAAUUAUUAUUUUCCUUAAUUUUUAUUUCUCAAUUAUUUACACAAAACCAUCUGUCACAGAUUCUCUUAGUGUGAAGGUUCUCUAAGUAUGUUUUUCAAAUAUUUAACAUCAACCUCACCCUUCAACAGUUGAUCUCCUCCACUUUUUAUUUUAUAAAAUCAAUCAACUUCCAAAGAAUUUUCUAUAACAAUUUCUUCGAAUCUCAAGUUCUAGAAUGGCUACGAAUAUCUAUAAUUUCUAUCAUAAGAACGGGGAAAUAAGGGUGCGUCGAUAUCGAGAAAUAAUGCAUCGGGUGCUCGUUUUAAGUUCACCCGAAUUUACGUCGGAUUCCAGGAAUCAAUUAAUUGUGACGAGGCGCACGUAUGCACGUGUGCAUAAGAGACGAUAGAAAGAGAAGGAGGGAGGUAGACAGUGGUAGAGGGGAGAGAAGGAGCGUGUGACUCUGCAUCACGUUAGUUCGCGUGAUAGCCAGCCGUCUUUCAAUCGAAGUCAGUAAAACGUACCUCCGAAAUGUGCACGGCAUAAUAUAUUCAACGCGAUUGUGUCCCGGCACAAAGGGAUUACUUUCGCGUUGCACGUGCAACCGGCAAGGGUUUUCCGAUCGCGCUCAUCGCGGCCUUCGCGAGCGUGUUCAAGAACGUUAUUAACACAUUGGCUGUCAUGGGGUUUACCAAUUACGCUAUAAAAUAAAUCUGACACAUUUUUUUUCCAUAAGAUUCAUUUGGAAAUUUAAAUCAUAAAUUUAGGGAAAAGGAUUACAGAAAGGGGUGCAAUUACAAAGUACAAGUUUCUCAACUUAAAUUUAUAAUGCAAUUUGAAAAUAGAAAAGAAUGAAGCAAGAUUGUCAAAUAUUUAAAUUUUGUUUAACACGAGUGAUCAAAGCUACGAGUUAAAAUUAAUCAAAAUUGCACCCCUUAUUAAAAAUUGUAAAGUAAUUAAAUUAAAAUCUUAACACUUGACGCUUUUAAUAAUUCAUAUUACAGUGUGGCGCACCAAACAUAGGUAUUUCUACUGUGACAGUCAACGUAUUAAAAGGCUGAAGAAAGGGGUGUAAGCAAAUUUUUCCGUCAUACGUCCACCAACGAAUAUAUCCGCGUGAUAUUUUUUUAUAGUUUACCUACGAGUGAUAUAUUUAUAUUUACGGAUAUAUUUAUGCCGUGCGAUCCGUCUGUUUUAUGGCCUAGGAAGAGGAAGGGGUGUAGCCCGGUGAACACGCUCGAGACCGCGAGGCGAUUGCAUGAUGGGCGUUGUUAAGGGUUGAAAUUUGGCGUUCGAUAAAGGAUUUAAUAUUCAGAGAUAUAUUACUUUAUAUUCUUUAUUAUACUAAAUUCUAAAUAAUAACAGUAAUAGCAAUUUUUUAUCUAAAAAGAUUAUUAAAUAUCAAAGAGUGCACCCUUUACAAGUAAUUAUUAAAUAAAUUAAAUUUCAUUAAAUUUACAGUUAUCAAAGUAUAUUAAUAAUGAAAAUUUCUUUUAUUUUGAAUAUUCUUAAUUAUUUAAAUUAACUGACAAAGGUGAAUGCAACCCUCGCCAUAAAAUCAACCGCCUCGAAUCGGUUUCGAUGCAAAACGUCAACCCCUAAACGCGAACUCUAAUCGUGAGAAUUAAUUCUAACGCAAAGCGAUUCGGAGAAUUCUAAGCGGUGGUGGCGGACGAUCGUGUUAAUCACAUUAGAAACGAGACAGUCUGAUUUAUCCUCUAAAAGAUACCGUACACAGAACUGCAAAAGGAUCCUCUUGGCCAGGCGUUAUGGAAUAGAUUGGGCAUUUUAAACCACGUUUAAAAAAAAUUAGCUACCUAUACAACACCAAGUAAUAUAUAUAGUAUAUAUAAAUAUAUAUAUACAGAUUCUAAUCGUGUAUAUAUAUAUAUGAAAAUAUAUUUAAUGAAUGUUCCUAUAUUUAUACUAUAAGUACAUAAUAAGUGUAUUAUAUUGAUAUUCGAUGGCGAUUUCAGGUUUUUACCAAGCAACAAGGAAAAAAAAAAUUAAAUGUCUGUUUAGGUAGUAGCCACUAUCGGGUUAAUUUAAUUGAAUUCGGAAGAGAGCGAGGAGGGGAGAGAGUGAGAUAAAGAGUGAUAGAUAGAGGAGAUAGGAAAAGAAUGAGCAAAGUGAAUGGCGAAAAGAGAAUCAGAGAUAAAAGAGUAUAAGGUAUUACGAAAUUAAGGAAAUUUCGAAGGAUUCGUGAAGGGGUUGAAAUUAGGCGAGGGUCGAUUCGAAAGGGUUUGCGUGUGUUGGUGACGAGGCGAGGGUCUUCCUAUACUGACUGAACGAUCAGAUGUGAUAUAUGCAUAAGGAUUAAUUAAUAAUUAUUUACUCCAAUCGUAUAUAUAUAUGUAAUUAAUAUUAUUAAUAUGGUUAUGAUAUACAAACAUUAUAUCUAUAUAUAUUGUGUAUAGGUAGAUAGGAACAUAUACAAUGUUUUUAACUGGUUUAUCUAUGUUCCGAGGAUAUAUGCUAAGUGUAUUUAGGUAGAAUGUUGUAAGAAGGUCUCUCGCCGUUAAUGUUUAAUCGAUAGAGACCACUGUGAGUGAUUUAAGUCGCGAUGAAACAGACCCUCGUGACGAAAAUGCGAUUAUCGAUCAUACAUACAUUUCUUGUUGGGGUUGUUUUAGCUUCACAAAAAAUAGGAUCCUUUUGUAGAAUAUUUCCAAUAAUUAAAGAUCCCUCUUUUCGUUGAAGGCUUUAAAUUCGGAAUAAAAAUGAAGAAUACUUAUUAUGUGGUAUUCGUUACUAAGUUUUUAAUAAAAUUUAGAAAAAUAAAAUUAAUUUUAUUCUAAUUGACAUGCACUAAUGCUAAGUAACAUGUUAUUCAGUAAUAAUUGGAAAAAUAAUUUUCGAAGUUGAAGUUCGAAAUUUUAAGCUUACAGUAUUUUAAUUAACGUAUGAGAGUAAUAAAAAUGAUGUCUUCAUUAAUUUCAGUAUUUCUUUUCACAAUAAAUGUUCAAAAAUUUCACAAAAUAUAAGGUUUUUAAAGAAAGGUCUUAGGAUGUUUAUUGAUAAUUUAUAUGUAACAAAACACACUUUAAUUUAAAAAAUUGAAAAUUGUAUAUAAGCAAUUAUAUUUGAAAAACAAUAUCAGUUAAAUAACCACUACAAAUUUUUUAGUAACAAGCUAAAGAUGCCAUCAGAAAACCUAGUAGUAUAAACCAAUGAUAUAUGAGACUUACUUGAUCUUCAAGCUCCAAAUCAAUAAAAUAUAAUUGCAGCCUUUCUUCCUUGAAAUAUAAUUUUAAUAAAAAUAAAAAAUGUAUAAAAUUCAAAGAAGAUCAACUCAGAAUAGCUUGAAAACAUUAUAAGCCCUUAAAACACCGUGUAUUAGAAAAUCCAGUAGUAUAAACCAAUAAUAUAUGAAACCUACAUGAUUUCAAUUUUCAUUUAGACGUCAAGUGUAACUAUGUUCAUUUUUCCUAGAAUAUAUUAAACAAAUUUCACAGUUUUUUCCCCAAAUAAGUUCUGAUCCCCAAAUUUCAAUCACGUUUCCAUAAAACUUAAAAAGGAUCGGCUCGUUUCAGUUUCGUGACUAGGGUCAGUUGAUCGCAGAACCACGACGAAAAACCGUGGUUUUAUAGAAAGAGAAGCAGAAACAAUUGCGAAGUGUUUCGAGUUUAUGCGUUCCGUGCAAUAACAGUUUGCUCAAUCCUCGGUGUCCGUCGGUCCGUCCGUACGGAACGACUACUCGUAGGUUUAAAAAAAAAAUAAAAAAAAAACGAAACACACGUUACACGACACAGAUACACUUAAAACGUGCACACAACGAUACACACACGUGUGUAGAGAAACAACAGAAUUAGUAGUUAACUAAGUAGCCAGAAUGUAACUUUCUCGAACAUAACUAGCCGAAAGGGAAAAGAAAAAUCUUUAAUCUCCUAUUUCAAAACCUUCCUUCGAGUCUCUCGAUGUCUUUUGGUGUCUAUUCUUUAAGAAAUUUAAGCGAAAAAAAACUAUAUAUACAAAAAAAAAAUGCGGACAAUUUCAGCGUGUUUAGCUUCGUCUGUGUAAUAGCACGAUGUUUCCAGCCAAAGAUACAAAGAAAAAUGUAAAAAAAAUUGUGGAACCAUACGUGAACAUACCUUACAAUGCAUUCGUACGUGAUUGUAAAACAUUACCACCUUCACCAUUUUUUUUUUUUUCAAGAUUUCAGGGUGUUACCUUGAAUUAUUGAAUCGGGUGAAAAUUAAAGGGUUUGUACGCGCGAUGGUUCCCGAGCUAUUUCGGCAAAAUUAAUCGUAGGUGUGUUUUAGAAAUUUUCCUAAUCUUCUCUCGACUUCUCUCGUUAUCCUAGCAAUAAUAAACGACAAUGGCUAGAUCUGUUUUCCCCUCUAAAAAAUCUGAAAAAAAAAGAAGAGAUCUCUGAAAGAAAAUAGAGGGGGCAAACAGAUAACCCCAACGAAAUUUACUCGCCUCUAACCUUGUACCCACCCCGUUUUCGUCCUGGUAGAAGAAAAGAAAAAACUCACCCCCCUUUUAUCGAAGCUUUAAACGAAAGUCGAUUUUGCAAUCAUACUCAGCCGGACAUUGAAGAGGGAUGAAAGUGAUGAAUGAAAGGGCGAAUAAAUUGCACAGAUCUCGUUGGUCGUACUGUCGUAAUUGUUUGUCGUACCUAUUGUUAGAUAUUAAUUAUUGUAAACGUAAAUAAUUAGAGUUAAUUGAAGAAUUAAGGGGGAUGGCCGCGCCGGUGCACCACUGUUCCAAAUGGCCAUUUGAUGGAACGAUGGUGAACGCGGCGCCGCCUCCGACAACGUGGAUGUUAGAGAUAUUUUUCAACUUAUACUAAAUGUGAUAAACCGAUGAAUUGACAAUGAGCAAUCUAAUUGUAAUAUAUAUAUAUAUACAUAAACAUUAUAUUAUAUAUUAUAUAUUAUAUAUAUAUAUUAUAAAUAUAUGUCUGUCGUACAAGCCGUGAAUAGGUUUUACCGUAACUAGUUACGUGUUAGCUUAAUUAAUUGUACACGCGAUUGUCGCCGUGUACGUACAAGCGAGGGGAGGCUUGGACAAACAAAGAAAAUAGGCAAACCAGAAAAACAGUGGUGAUAGUAUCGCACGCCGUCUCGAAAUCUGUCCAUGAACUUUUCCAUUGACGCUGGUCGCUGAUUUUGGGCUAAGCUCGAAAAUACGAAUUAAUUAAUUGAUUGGUUAAUUAAUCAUCGUCGGGACAGUCUGGCCUUAUGGCAUUCAAAUUUUAGCGCAUACUAUAUUUUUCAUUCGCAAGCAGUUUAUUAUGAAUAAAAAUAUAUAAAUUUAAUUUUGCAAGGGUCGAAUCUGACUCUACAAUGGUACUCGAGGGUUAAAUUUUUAAUCACUCGGGAUACCCUUUCUUUUAAACAAAAUAAUAUUGUAUUUCAGAAUUAUUUUCUGAAAAUACAAAUAAUAUGACUCUUGCAAAAUUCUGUAUUUUACAAUAUAAUUUUAAAAAUUGACAAUGAUGAAAUUUAAAUAAUUUUCUUCUUGCAUAUCUACCACUAAACGUAAUUUUUCAUACGCCGAUCAACGUCAAGCAAAUAUUAUAAAAGAUAAAGAAAAUUGCAAGUUCUUUCUUCCAAUAUAUUGCAAUAUAUUGCUUCCUAAACGAAAACUGCCAGCAAGAAUGCCAACAGCCCUGUUCACGACGACCGUGUUCGAUCUAGUAUAAAAUAGCCGUCGAUCAUUAUGGAUCGAUGAUCGAUCGAUCACCUACGAAGCGGCGUGUAAAAAAUUGUAAUUCUAACGUCACGGUAACCCGCGUCAAUGGCAUGCUUUAAAAAGAGAAGAAUAAAAAAAUUAAAAAAAAAAAAAAAGAUACACCACACGAGGGAAAAGUAACGACGGGGAUAAAAAAGUACUACUGUGUAAAGAAAGAAAAGUGGUAAGGAUACACUAUUACCGGUACAUUAUUAUAUACAUUGUAACCAAUUGUUGUCUACGAUAUAAUGUUAUUUUUCUAAUUCAUAUUCAAUUGUUAUCGUUGAGAGCGAGAGGGAGAGAGAGGGUGAGAGAAAGAAUGAAAGAGAGACAAAAACACGAGGGCACACACAAGAGAAUUUUAGGGACGUGAAUUAUGUAAGUUGAUCUUUCUUUUUAUUCUUCUUUCCAACUUUCCUCCUGAUGAAACACUUCCGAUAUGGUCGCCAUUUGAUUCGAUCGUUUGUUCCCUGCACCCUCAUGAUUCUCAUUUUUCUUUAUAUUAAUCAUUAUAUUUUUUUAAAUGGGUAUUAAGGGGGCUAGUUGAUUUAAAUUGUAAUAAUUAGCACAAUUGUUAUUAACGAUUUGAAAAUUUCUGAAAAAUUCUUUACAAAUAUAACAUAAUUUAUUAAUUUGUUUAUCACAUCAGAUUUUGGUUCAAAAUCACAUCUUAGAUUCGUUAGAUUAAUUUAGUAUUUUUAUAUUGUGAUUGUAAUUUAUGAAAAAUUAUAAAGUAGAUAUAAUACAAGUAAAAGUUAAUGAGUAUUAAAUUGAAACAUAAAUUACUAAUUGCUUGGAGGACAACAAAUUAUUUUAAUAUGAACUCAAUGAAUUAAAUCCAGCGAGGCAACAUAUUUAUUUAAUGCGGAAUCGGUGAACAUAUCAUUGACAAAUUGACAAGUUAUGUUUCGAUUGCCACUAAUAACUGCAAUAUCCGUCGUGGAAACGUUCAAUAACAUCGAUAAUUAUUUCACAGCAAACCGACAAAUAUGUUAUUUUAAAAUUGUUUCCACUUCGUUCAUGUAUUAUUAAGCAAAGAUAAUUUAAAACGUAUGUGUAUCAAAUGUACCAUCAAACCUUGGAAGCUCCAUUUUAUUAUUUUAAAUAUGGCUACGAUAUAUUUCAGGACACAAAUGCAAAAUUAAAAGAAAAGAAAUGAAAUUAAAAGGACGGCCUGACCAAUUAUUGAUAUUACUACUAGCAAUCCAUAUUUAUUACAAUCACAAUACCUGGAAGACUCAAAUAUCUCAUAAAUUACUUAUAACACACAUAUUCAUAUAAAAAUAUUGAUUUGACUAGUUUUGAUAUCGAAAGUUUAUGAAACUUCGUCUGCUAUAUUUAAUGCUGUACUACUUAAAUUCGUGUAACUCAAUUCUUUGUAUCCAAUCUUAAAAGUAUAGUACGACUAAUUUGGAAAUAAAUUUAUAAUAAAUUAAGUAAUGAUUUUGCAACAUAAUAAGUACACAUAGAACAAAAUAUUAGUUUAAUAUUCUUUAUAAUAUAGCCUGAACAGGACCAGAAUAUUGGUCAACACGUUGCUGAUAUAAAAAGCAGUGUGAAAUUGUUUCCAAAUUAACUGCACUAUAUCAGAUUGGAUACAAAGAAUUAUAAAAUGUAAUCAGACACAGGUCAUUCAAAAUUAGGGCAAGUAGCUUGACAUCUGAAUAUACACUUUGGACCAAAAGUCACAAAACUUUUCAUAAAGGCCUAAGAAAAUGUUUUUUUGAUGGUAUUCUAUUUUUGUAUUUUAUAAAAUUAGCUACUUGUUGAUAACAACCUUUUAUCUAUCUAUCUUAAAUACUACUUUUACUAUUUUUAGGGAUUUUAACAGUUAAUUUUGUUAUAAUUUCAUAUAAACUAAGUCAAAAUAACAAAUUAUUAAAAUUCUUGUGACUUUUAAAAGAAAGUGUUCCAUUAAGUCUAAAAUUUUAGGGGGUGCAGCGUGAACAACGAUCGACGAAUCGAUGACCGAUCAAUACUGAUCGAUAGAUCAGCUCUUUGACCCCUUCUUCUCCCCUAAUCCCUCUCCAAACCCUAAGCUUUCGUAGACGGAUGACGCAUAGCGAAACAAAAGCGUUAGCAACGCGUAAUUAGCAGCAAGCGCUAAUGUCGGGCGGCGCGCUGGUCUGUGAUAAAGAGAAAAAAAAGAAGAAAAUGAAAAAAAAAAACAUAAAGUCGCGGACGCGUAUUGUAUUUUUUGUAAGGCUCAUUCGUGCCAGAUUUGUGAUAGCCAAGUCCGCGGCAUCCUCGAUUAAAUGAACGAUGAUGAUGGGCCGGCGUGCCACCUGCGAAGAGAAAAUAUGAAAAUGAACAAAAAAUUGACUAUGAAUGAAGGGUGGCUUGAUUUCUUUUAAAUGAUCUUCGACGAUUUUCUAUUCCUUAGGAAGAAAUCCUUCCAUUUUGUGUCCAGGCAAUUUUUCUUAUUAAAAGUUUUUCGAUGUUGAAUUCUUUUUUAUAUAUUGAAUUUGUUUUUGUAAUGUGGAUCACAAGAAGCAAGGAAUGCAGUAAUUAUAUAGUAAUUAUCUGAAUUACAAUGGUUAUCAGUGAUUAAGUCACUCACUAAGGCAAACUCAUUAACUUUGAAAAAUGCAAAUUACAGAAAAUUGAUUUUGUUUUUUUAAUUUCUCUUUUUACUAAUUUUUCUAAAAAUGAUAAUUUGGAAAAUUCUAUGUAAAUUCAAAAUUCAAUGAAAGUACUAGUAUAUUCAAUAUAAAGUUAAUUAAUUUGGCUACUAAGAGUUUUAUUUUUAUAUACGAAAUACAAUUCAUAUUACAAAGGGUGCAGAGUUUGCUUUAUAUUUUUAAAAAUUAUUAUAAUCUUGUUAAUUAUGUUGAUAAUCUAAAAUUCUUUUAUAACAAGUAUUUGAAUAUAAUUGAUAUUAAGGGUCAGUUUAAUAUUCUGUGACAAUAAAUAUAACGAGUUGAAUUAUAGUUAAUUCAGUAGGGUAAAAGCAAGGAGAAUAUGAAGUGAAUUUGUAAAUCUGACACAAACAUAUUCUUUCUUAAUAUAUCAAUUAUUAUAUAUUUUAAAUAUUAGAAUAUAAAAAUUUCUUUUAAAAUAAUUUGUAAUAAUUUUGAUGCAUAUUUUAAACUCAUCUCACAAUUUAGUUGUAAUAAUUAUUUCUAAUUAAAAAUUUACUGAAAUCUGAAAAAGAAUAAUACUUUUUUUGAAACUAUGUUUCAUAAAUUUUAUAUUACAAAUUAUAGAAAUGAUUUCAGAAUUUUAUAAAUGAAGUGGUAACAAGGGGAUAGAGUAAUACGAAGUAAUGCAAUGUAAAGUUGUACAAUAUAAGCUCAAUUUUUACAAAGAAUAUAAAACAAAGCAUAGAUUCAUUUAUAUUUAUACAAUCUACAUUUAUUGAAAGAAUAUUUUACACAAAUAUGUUACAAACACCAUAUACAAUUUUUUCUGUGAUAUUGCGUUUAGAAGCUAGUCACAUUAAUUAUUAUAUUAAUGAUAAAACCAAUAAUAGGACUGAUGCAGAUUAUCCAAAUAAAAUAAUAAAAUGAUAUUAAGAUUUAGGAGUAUGUAACAUUUGCUGAAAGCCUCACCAGAUAACAAUUUUAUUUUCAAUAAAAUAUCUAAAAGAAAUUAUUUACACCUAAUUAAAAUGAAUGACAGCUCACUCUAGAAAUUAGUAGAGAUGAUCGUGAAAGUAUCUAAACCUUGAAAUGUAAAUUUUAUUUUGUAAAACUUAAUUAUCACAGUCCAUAAAUGAAAAUACUAUGAAAAAAUCAUAGAUAAAGGUACUAUUCAUAUAUAUAAUAAAAUACUGAAUUGUCCAAAACUCUGCAUCUUUCAAUACAAAAAGAAAUGUCUCUUAAGUUUAAUUAACAAAAUAUUUUUAACGUAUCAAUUGUAUUAGACAUAAAUGGAAGGAACAUUUCUCCAUAAUAGAUAAAUAAAGAAAAGAAAAUCGUCACAGGUAUAAUAGUUGAAAUGUUAAUUUCCAGCUAGUGAAACUAGCAUGAAGAGGAAGCCUAAGUUUGCUAAUUGUAAGUAACACGCCGCGUUUCCGGUUACUUUGAGAAAUCCCCGUGAAACGAGAUUAAACUAAGAAUCGGUGCGGGGGCGUGUACCAACACUCGCUCGCUCGCGUGUGUCUACGUGUGUACGUGAGUGUGUACGAACGUAUGUUGUUGUUGAAUCUGGUAUCCAGGAUGCCAAAGAUGUAUAAGUCAUGUAAUAAAGUUGUGGCUAAGAUAUUAAUGGUAACGUGAAAUGAUAACGAUGAGCAACGGUGAUAAUCGUUAUUACUAUCUUGUAACGUUUAAUGUAUAUCAGUGUCGUGCAAAGAAAAAAGAAAAAAAAAAUUUGAGCGGCUGAGCUC